UCUUAAUCAGUUAUAUCUAUUAUAUAAACAAACAUGUAAAAUUUGAUUUUGCUAAUUAUAGUUAAAUAGACACAUGCUCACUUUUUUUGUUUCCUUCACGAUGGCGACUUCUGUCUGCGUUCGGCUUCUCUGCACAGAUAAAGCAGCACUGCAACUGCACAGGACAUUUUGCUUGACCUCAUCUGUCAGAAGCAAGCUACCUAAGCCUCAUCCUUUAUUCAAAUGGGGUCUUGCAGUGUUUCCAACUGAUCGAAAGCAGAAAAUAGACCCAGAUCUUCCAGAUUUCACUUACUGUGAUGGAAGGCCCACACCACUUACCAAGGAACAGUUACAGCGGAAAAAAGAAAAUUAUGACAACGCACAACGAGUAGUGCGGCUAGUGAAGGAGAUGGAGUUUGCUAAAGCAGACUAUGCCAGGAGACAGCAAAUGGAAGCCUCUAGACGAGAGGGAAUCUUGUCCUCCAAACUCAAGCAGAAAUCAGAUGAAUUGUAGUUCAGAAGAAUGUGAAUAUGAAACAUGAAUUUAAUUUUUGGUUUUUUUGUGUGUGGUGUUUUUUUUUUCUUCUUCAGGGUUCCGUUUUUAUCCUUAUGACAGUGUGCAUGUAUUUGUAUAUAUUUGUAUAUGCAUGAGUGUGCAAAGUCUGUGUGAACGGAAAAUGACCAGACAUAAUUUGAAAAGGACUUUUAGGAAGUUUGAAAAAGGCCAAUUAAUGAAGAAUUGAUAAAUUAUUUUCUUUGCUAGUCAUAGCACAGCAGAAUGUUGCAUGAAAUUUAUUUUAUUUAAGUGGUAAAUGUCCAGCGCUAAGCAUACCAGUGCCGUGUUAUUGGGUUUGUUUUUAAAUGCUAAACAAGUCCCAAAAUCUCAGUCUUUUGGUGAAAUUAGCUUUAGGAGGUAAAGGCUGUGCAUGAUAUGAAGUGUAAACUGGGAAAUUAGAUAGGAGAUGAUGUAAUUAUGAGGAGUCAAAAGACCAUGAAUGUGGUUUUUAUCAUCUAAAGAUUGCAUUGUUUUUAAUGCUACCUGCUAAAUCAGUAAUAUGUAUUGAUUUUAUAAUAAAUAGAUUAUAACAAA